GGAUUUAUUCUACCAAUUUCCAGUAUAAAAAAAAAAAGUAAUUAAAAUCAUCAUCUUAUCUUGAAAGGGAAAAAAAUCUACACAGUACAGAGACACACGGUUAAGUUUCACCCUAGAAAAGGAAAAGGAAUGAAGUAGGAGAAGAAGAAGAAGAAGAAGAAGAAAACGUGAUGAAUGGUAAAGAGAGAAUAAACAUAACAGAGUAGAAAAGUGACAAACAUAGCAAAAGGUAAAUCAUUAUCAUCAUCAUCAAAUUCAACAAAACCACCCACCAACCAACCAAACAACCUGUCUGUCGGUCUCCGCCUUCUUCGCCUCCCUUGUAGGUAUAUACUGCAACUCUAUCAAUUUGGUUGAGACCCCGCAUACACUACAAGGAUUUCUCAUUCACCCUCUUUGGACUCGUUUGAUUUCCUGAACCCUUUUUCGGAAGUAAACAUUCUACACAUUCAAUUUGGUCAUUGAUGUGGCCUAUAUGCCUGCUAUUCAACAAGAUUCUUAAGACGGAAGAUGAAAGAGAAUUAAAAGGAGAAAAUUUGAGUGCGAUAGAAACAUACUUGCUUCAGCAUUCAUCAUGUAACAUAGAUUCCCAUCCUCCCUCGUUACGGCGUUCACUUUUCAUUGAUGUACCACACAUAAACCAAAUAUAUACAUGGGAUUGUGGCCUUGCUUGUGUAGUAAUGGUUCUGAAAACUAUUGGUGUCAACAACUUUGAUAUUGAAGCACUGGCUGAACUAUGCUGCACAAAUAGCAUUUGGACUGUUGACUUGGCGUAUUUGUUACAGAGAUUUUCUGUUGCUUUUUCCUACUUCACGGUGACAUUUGGUGCAAACCCGAACUAUUGUGGUGAAUCCUUUUACAAGGAGGAAUUGCCUAAUGAUCUUGCAAGAGUGGAUAUGCUGUUUCAGGAUGCGGUGGAGGCUGGGAUCGAUAUACAGUGCAGAUCAAUUAGUGAAGAAGAGAUUUCAUUUCUCAUAUUGUCUGGGAAAUAUAUCGCCAUUGCUUUAGUUGAUCACAAUAAAUUGAGUCAUGCUUGGCAAGAUUUUCAUGUCCCUGGCGUCUUGAGCAGUAACUCUGAAUACACAGGUCACUAUGUGUUGAUAUGUGGCUUUGACGCUGGAGCAGAUAUGUUUGAAAUUAGAGAUCCUGCUAGCUCAAGGAAACAUAAAAGGAUAUCUUCAAAGUCUUUAGAAGAAGCUCGCAAGGCCUUUGGUACUGAUGAGGAUAUUCUCUUGAUAUCUUUGGAGAAGAGCAAGAAUGAUCAUCAACCUUCUCUGCAACUUCCCAUCAAUUCCAAUUCUGAUUCUUGAUUCUCUUUCCCUUUUUUGCGUAUAUAACGUAUUCCUUGUGUAUUUUUGUUAUUAUACAUAUCUUCCUUGUGUAUUUUAGUUACUAUACAUAUCUUCCUUGUGUAUUUCAUUACUCAAAACUGUAUAGUAGUGAUCAAUUCAUUCUAAUCUUUUGUAAACUUAACAGUCAGAAAACUGUGAUGUGAUGUUGUAUUGUUUUGGGAAUUCAAUUGCAUUGUUCUACCUGGACAGAAAAUGUUGUAUUAUUAUUUUGCCUAAAGUUAAUAAAAAGUUUUAACUUGGUGAUUUA